GUCUACAACGACAAGAAAGACAAAGGUCAAGGCCCGGAGUGCGACUAUGGCUUCAAGCUGAUCAUUAUCGGUGAUGCGGGAGCAGGCAAGAGCAGCUUCAUGCAUCAGUUCCUGGAGGGGAAGUUCCGGAAGCAGUCGACCCACACAAUUGGCGUGGAGUUCGGCACAAAGAUCAUUUCCCUUGGGAACCGGCAGAUCAAGCUGCAGAUUUGGGACACUGCCGGCCAGGAAAGAUACCGGGCAGUGACCCGGUCGUACUACCGGGGAGCUGUGGGUGCGCUGAUUCUGUACGACGUCACCUCGAGGGACUCGUACAACAACCUGCCGACAUGGCUACAGGAUGCCCGCGAGCAGGCGUGGAAAGACAUCUCCAUCAUAGCAGUGGGAAACAAGCGGGACCUCAAGGAGGAGCGUCAGGUGUCCUUCCUGGAGGCGAGCCGCUUCGCGCAAGAACAGGACAUCUUGUUCUUGGAGACGAGCGCCCUCACUGGGGAGAAUGUGCAG